GAGACGUCAAAGUGUCAAAGUCAAAUAACAACAAUAAAACAGCUGAUAAAUUCUGAUUAGAAAAGAAUGUGAAUUUGUGUGGAUAUUUUAUGAAUUUGCACUAUAUUAUGAAUAACAUUAUUCUAUCAAGAAUCUAGUGGUGUGUAACAUAAGUGAAAUAAAUUAUAUACGCCAGUCAUCAUGACAAAACAAGGAAGAAAGCCGGACGGAGAUGAAUGGAGCCGCAUGUGGGCAAGCGCGUCUUUCGUUGGCGUGCUCAUCAUCAUCGGCCUGCCUCUAUGGUGGAAGACCACUGAAGUAUACAGGGUAUCCCUUCCAUAUGACAAGAUUAACUCUUUCGACGGCGAAGCGCUGAUGUUAAGCACUGAUCUCACCGUGCUGGCAAAUGACGAACCCACAGCCUCCGAGAUAGCAGGACUCAUUGAGAAAGAUUUUGAGGAGCAGAAAGUCAUAAAACUGAACAUCAAGAAGCUGAUCAUAUCAGACCAGCUGCGCCACAGCCUGGACUCCGUGGCUGACGAAGCGGAAGCCCUGGAAGAGGUAGCCGCCCACUACGACAUCAGCAAACAUAACACUUUCUUCGUGGUGCAAAGGAAACCGCUGUAUGAGGAUGUGUGGCUGAGCGGCGAGAGGGUGGCAUUCUUCAGGGAUGCCAAAGCAUCACCGACCCUAGUUGAAGUCUUAAAGCAAUGGGUAUAUCAAACUGACAUACUGGAAGGCGCCCGGUCGGCCACAGCGGAUUCCGCCCGCAGGAGUAGGUUUCCUCCGGCUAGUGGGUACCACGUGGUGCUGUCGGUGGUGCAUCCGAGACCUGACUCCAUGAAGGUGGAGUUUGAUGCUGGGCAGGCGAUGGAGGAUUAUAUAGGCUCCUUCGUGGACGAGUUGAGUGAGCUACAUAACUUCACACUCUCAUCUCAGUGGCUCUAUCUGUUGGAUUUUGACUUCCAAGCCAAAGAGGUGAAAGACACGAGCGAGUGGGGACGCCAUUUUGCCGUACGCCAAGACAAACUACACCUUCUGUUGACUAAGUUGGAGGAGCGCGCCGCGACACAGGUAUCGGCGCUGCCCACCAUCAACCUGGCAUUGUACGUGCUUCCCUGCGAGAGGGCGCCACUUGCCGUCUACGAUGAACAAGACCGCCGCAUCCCCACUCCAGUGCAAGCGUUCAUGUCCCCUAAGUGGGGGGGAGUGUACCUGGGGAACCCCGAGGCGAGCGAGUGCCAAGGGACACCGGAGUAUCGCCCAACAGUCAGGCUUAUCAUGGGCACCUUCAUAGCUCAGCUGAGGAAACUUCUUGGUAUCACUGAUAAGCCGACCAUUCCGGGCGCUUUCCUAGACCCACUGCGCGCGGUGCCGCCCCGCCGCUGGGAGCUGGACUCGCUGCUGGCUCUGAGGACCCUGGAGCAGCUCGCCUCCUCCCAGGGCACUCUGCGCUCGCUCGCCCAGCUGUUAGGCGAGAUAUCAAACAUAGUUAUCAACGACGAAGUAGGCGUAUCCAUCAACGCUGCCGUGGCGGCCAUAGAGGACGGUGCGGCGCGGCUGGCAAGCGGCGAGCUGCUGUCGGCUCACCGCAGCUCGCAGCGGGCCCACUCCGCGGCUGAGACAGCCUUCAUGGAGCCCAGCCUGCUGGCGCUGUUGUACUUCCCCGAUGACCAGAAGUACGCCAUCUACAUUCCCCUGUUCCUUCCUAUAAUGUUCCCGGUGAUCCUGUCACUCAAGAAUUUGCUGUUUUGGCUGCGAGGAAAGCCUAAGGAAAAAGUGGACUAAUGUCAUUAAUUACUAUUUUUUUAUUUAUGUUGUAUGUAAUGGUGAAAUA